GUUCCUCAAUUUUCCUUCACUACCUGUCAUAUACCAAUUGAUACAGAUGCUCUAUAUGACAUUAUUUCUGAAGCUGGUCUCAAUAAUGGUAUGGACAAGAUGCAAUUUGGUGAUGAAGCAUUAGUUCAAUGGUCACGUUUUUUCAAAGUUGAACAACUUGAUCUAACUGGGAAAAAGGCUGUUGGUUUAGACCCAGAAAGGCAUGACCUUUUUGUUUCAGCUGACACUAAUGACAAUGCUCAACCAAAGAAUAUUAUUAUUUAG